AUGUUUUAUUAAAAAGUUCUUAACUGACGUUCGUACAUGCAAAAAAGGAAUUUUGUUACAACUUAUCUUAUUAUAAAACAAAUUACCUUAUUAUUACAACCAGCUAUCAUAUAAAACGAUUUCGUAACAAUGUUUUACCUUAAAACAAAACUAUCGAUGCACAUAAGAUGACACACAUUAAAGUGAAAGUAAGUACGUUGAUUGCCUAUAAUAUAAGACAAGAAAGUGUGACAUUCCAAUGAAUCUGUUUGUUGUUACACAUUGUGUACAUAUUGCACGUUACAGUGAAAAUUGAAAAAAUAGCAUCUUGUCAAAGUUUAUUUGAUGAUGGGUACUCGAACACUGAAGGGUUUCGAGCGUUGUACUAUAAGGACAACAAUACUAUUUAACGUCGAAUGACACAAAAGAAAUGAACCAGUUACUCCCUAAGAGCUAUUUAACACGAGACAUUCUUCCAUGAACAACGAUGUUGAAAGGGCACUCGGUAUCCUAAAGGGGAGACUAUAUGUAUCUGUUCUUUGGAAAAAAAAAAGUAUUUUCCCCGUGCAGGUACAAUAUCGAAUAAAAACAAUCUAUUGGUUGCUUCAAACUCGAUAGGUAGAAUAAUAGUUGCAAAUGGAUCGUUCGAGAACGUAUCGGGGCAACCCCAUGUACUAGGUUUAGUGGAGAUAACGUAAGAUGUUAUCAUAUUUUGUUGGGAAAUUUAUGAAGAAAUUUUAACCUAGAAGAAAGGCAUAGUGCAUCAUACAUGGCUAUAUGCUAGAGAACUAGCGCACUCGCCUUCCGACGCCCUUUGUUGGUUCUCUAUGGUAUCAUCGGCUAUUAUCAUCAUUUCUCUUCUGCAUUCACGCCUUCCCAGCCUGAUACGGCCAUCUUUCAUAGCCCACUGACGUGAAGAUUUCUCCAAAUAUGCAACCAGGUGAUAUUCCUCUAUACCCUUCUAUGCCCGCCAUGGCUCCCCUGCCUGUUUCUAUGUCCUUACCCGGGACUCUCUUGGUUUCCGACUCCGGACAUACCGUCACUGGGAAACGCCGCCGUGAGGACGACCUGAUUGUAUCCAAUUCGGAGGCCGUAGAUGUAUCGGCUCCCAAGAGACAGGCGAAGGCUCAUGACGUGCUUUUCAGAAUCAUUGUGCCCUCGAAGCAGAUCGGGAAGGUUAUCGGUAAAGUUGGUUGCCGAAUCCAGAAGGUUCGUGAGGAAACCAAAGCUACAAUCAAGAUUGCCGAUGCUGUCGCGCGGUAUGAAGAACGUGUUAUCAUUAUAAGUUCCAAGGACUGUGAGAAUUCGGUUACUGAUGCGGAGAAAGCACUUCAGCAUAUUGCAGCACUGAUACUGAAGGAGGAUGGCACCAGUAUUGAGGAACUAAAAGUUGGAACAGGGCAUGUGGCUGCUAAUACUAUUAGGCUCCUAAUAGCAGGAUCUCAAGCAGGGUCUUUGAUUGGUGCCUCGGGUCAAAAUAUUGAGAAAUUGAGGAAUUCUUCUGGUGCAACAAUUACGAUUCUCGCCCCAAAUCAAUUACCUCUUUGUGCAUCUGCUCAUGUAUCUGACAGAGUGGUGCAAAUAUCAGGGGAUGUUCCUGCAGUUUUGAAGGCUCUUGAGGAGAUAGGCAAUCAGCUAAGGGUAAAUCCACCUCGGCAAGUCAUUUCUGUUAGCCCAACAUAUAAUUACAAUGCAAUGCACCCGCCACAGUCAUAUAUUGAUCCAACCUCAGUUAAUUAUGUAACCUUCGAGAUGUUGAUAUCGGAGACAUUGGUGGGUGGGUUGAUCGGGAUUGGUGGCUUCAACAUAUCAAGAAUCAGAAAUGAAUCUGGGGCUACUAUCAAGGUUUGUGGUGGGAGAGGUGAACAAAAUUACAGGCAAAUACAAUUUGGUGGAAGUGCUGAACAGGUAGCACUGGCAAAGCAAAGGGUUGAUGAAUAUAUUUAUUCUCAGUUGAUACGACAAGCUGGUGUUCAACAGACAGCUCUGCAGAUGUGGUGAAUCUGAAACAGAAAGAGUUGUUAGUUGUAAUGGCAACAGCUGCUGGGAAGCUCACAAGAACAGCUCCUACAAACUUCAAUCCAUUAAUGAAUGAAGUGGUGCAAGAUUUUGGAAUAAUGGCUUCCUUUCUUUUUUCUUUUUUUUUUUUUUGAAUGUGACAUAUUGUAAUUGUGCCAAAUAGUUUACUGAAUAUUUUCUAUAUUAACAAUGACUUGAGGGUU